AUGAGCUCUACGGAGGAAAUUAAGCUGUUAAAUAUACAUGGCAUAUGCUACUCUGUAAUUUCAGAGCCAAGUGAGUCCAGAUUCCAGCUCGUGAAGACGGCCACUACGACUGAAGAUGAUAGAACAGUGCAAAAUCAACCCAAUUUGAUAGUCAUAGACUCUGUUCACUCGGGAAAAGGCAGAACAGCACAAAAUGAUCUUUAUACCAUCGUUAUGAAGCCUAUCUUUGAGGCAGUGAAUAUUGACCAUAGGCUUAUUAAGACUACGUCACGUGACACCAUCGCAUCGUAUGCUUCAACGCUCGAUAUAAGCCAGUCUCACACGGUUCUGUUCUUGUCUGGGGAUACUAGCAUCUCUGAAUUUAUCAAUAAUUUACCACAAGGUGCUCCGAGCGCUAAUUUGAGUAUACUGUCAUUCCCGAUGGGAAGCGGUAACGCAUGGGCGAGCUCGCUUGGGAUAAUGUGUCCAGUCAAAACGUUUGGUCAGUUUAUCAGAGGCGAAAUGUCCCAUAGUCCUUUUCCAUUGUACAAAGCUGUCUUUCCCAACGGAUAUUCGAUCGUUUUCUUCAUUAUCUUAUCAAUGGGGUUCCAUGCCAAUUUGGUUCAUGCCUGUGAAAGACCAGAGUAUCAAAGGAUGGGGAUUGAAAAGUUUCAAUUAGCUGGUAGCGUAAUAUUAAAGGAAUAUGAACUUGAUCUAAAAAUUACCGUUAACAGUUUGGCAGCUUCCUACUCCUACUUUGCCUUGAUAAACACACCGAACUUGGAACCGGCCUACCGGCCUUCUCCAGAAUCUGACCCACUUAAAGAAGAAUUGUAUCUACUCGGUUACUCCAGUGGGCUAAGUAAAGAUCAAUUUCUGACUAAAGUCAUGAAGGGUUACGAGUUGGGACCAAGUGACAAAUUGCCGUUAGAUAGUGACACGAUUUAUGUUCCUUUUACCAAAGGAUUCGACGUGACAUUGGAUUUCCCUCUGCUUGAGUCGCCUCGUUAUAAAUCCGAAAUUUGCUGUGAUGGCGUAUUGCUAAAUUUACAAGACCUGCAGGCAGAUCUUGAGGUCUCAAACAAGUUUUCAAUCGAGUUUUUGAAUCAUUAUUCGAAAUUCAAUAUCAAAGCAAUGUCAUCAAAUUGA